GUCCGCAGCAAGAGCCGGGGCAAGCUCCGAGGCGUCCACCGCCAGAGGGCCUUGCAGCUCUUCUUGCGGGAGUCACAAGAAGAGGAGCUGAUGCCUGCUGGGUCUAAGUCGGAAGGUCGACCUCCCAUCAAGCUGCUUUUGUCUGCCUUUGAGGGUCGCCCAGCGGUGCUGCUGUUCGACUACCACCCUGCUGUGGGGAAGGAACGGACCGUGGACCCUGAUCGCGUGGUCUCCUGCGAGGGGCAUGGUCGUCCCGAGAUCUUCUUCAGCCAUUCGGGCUGCGUGCAUCGCUACAAUGCAGUGCUCAACAGCUUUUACUGCGGAGGUCUGGAGGAGGAGGCAUCUGUGCUGGACUCAGUCGUCAGGACGGUGAAGGGUCCGCGGACCGUUCCGGGGGCGGUCCUGAGACACCGCAUGAUACCGCCCGACACCGCCCGACACCGCGACGGCUUAAAAAGCGGUGAGACGGGAAAUCCUCUCCUCGGUGGCUUUGUGGUCCUUGAGCCAAAAAGCUGGCCCGAAGCUGGGUCGAUCCUGCUGGUUUGCGACACGUUGCACCAAUAA